AUGGGUGUGCUGAAGGACUCCAGAGUGUACUUCACGCUGGACUGGAUGAAGGAUUACUGGCAACUGCAGCUACAUCCUGACUCCCAGGAGUACUACGCGUUCAUGACUCCGAUCGCGAGUGUGAGCAUGGAGUUUACUACGAUGGCUGCGCUGGAACGCGAUCCCGAUCGGGACGAUCAGCGAGCCCUGCGGCCCGUGCACCGAGCAUGGACCUUGCUGAAGACCACGGAAGGACGCGAAGCCAGACGCGGCGCGUCGGCUAUUUCGACGACUGGGACGAGCCCGGAAGCGACGGCAGACGAACCGAAUGACGUGGAUAUGGGCCAGGAUGAUGUCGUUGUGCGUAACGCGCCUGCCCUACCGAAAAACCCGACGUUCAAGGGAUCCACGAAAGAAGAACGUCGAGCGUUUAUGGCCGCGUACAACCUGUACAUCAGCCAGACGAACGCUUUGACUGCGAAUGGUGUUCGGCCAUAA